GAUGCCGAUUUCCUCCGCCGUCGCCGCCAUUGCUACCUCAGAGCGGGAAAAGCGAUACAGGCGAAAAUAGCAUGAUAAAUACUAGGAGCAGCUGCAGCAGCUAGGUAACACGUACAUCCAGACGACGUAUAGAUCGUGGAUUAACGCCUCCUGUUCUGUGUGGUCGAUACGAUUCCCGAAAUUUCCAUUUGCGGAUCGUUCAAUUGAUUUCUCAGUGCAGUGCAGACGCAUCGAGGAUGUCGAAUUUGAGAAGGAGAUGGGCCAGCAGAGACAAACCGACGACGACGACGCCGGAUCCAGAGGAGAAAAAGCCCACGCACACGUUGAAACCGGCGGCGAAGCAGCGGAAACGAUUCUCCUGUCAAUCCUGCGUGAAUACCUGCUUUUGGUUCAUCGGCUGCAUAUGCGUCAUGUGGUGGUUGCUUUUGUUUGCGUACAAUUUGUUGCCUUCUUCCAUUCCGCAAUACGUGACGGAGGUGAUCGCCGGACCGAUGCCCGACCCGCCGGGAGUGAAGCUCAAGAAAGAAGGCUUGCUCGUCAAGCAUCCGGUGGUUUUCGUGCCGGGGAUUGUGACCGGAGGGCUGGAGCUCUGGGAAGGACAUGAAUGUACGGAAGGUUUGUUCAGGAAAAGACUGUGGGGAGGCACAUUUGGGGAAGUUUACAGGAGACCUUUAUGUUGGUUGGAACAUAUGUCUUUGGACAACCAAACUGGUUUGGAUCCUCCUGGUGUUAGAGUUAGGCCUGUCACUGGUCUUGUUGCUGCAGAUUACUUUGCUCCUGGAUAUUUUGUCUGGGCAGUUCUAAUAGCCAACCUCGCCCAGAUCGGAUACGAGGAGAAAAACAUGUACAUGGCUGCCUACGAUUGGAGGCUUUCCUUCCAGAACACAGAAGUGCGCGACCAAACAAUGAGCAGAAUGAAAAGCAAGAUCGAGCUGAUGGUCGCGACAAAUGGUGGCAACAAGGCUGUGAUCACAGCCCAUUCAAUGGGCGUUCUGUACUUCUUACAUUUUAUGAAAUGGGUAGAAGCCCCUGCGCCGAUGGGGGGAGGGGGUGGAUCAGACUGGUGUGCUAAACAUAUAAAGGCUGUGAUGAACAUCGGCGGACCAUUUUUAGGCGUCCCCAAAGCCGCCUCCGGGCUUUUCUCUGCAGAAGCAAGGGAUGUUGCUGUUGCAAGGGGCAUUGCAGCUGGUGUUCUUGAUAAGGAUUUGUUCCACAUCCAAACUCUACAGCAUAUAAUGCAGAUGACAAGAACAUGGGAUUCCACAAUGUCGAUGAUCCCUAAAGGAGGCGAAACCAUUUGGGGCGACCUCGACUGGUCGCCAGAGGAAGACUACGCUCCUAGCAGAAAAAAACAUUACUUUGCAUAUGAUGACAAGUCCAACCACACAGAAACUGAACCUCUAAAAAAAGCAAAAAGAUAUUAUGGAAGAAUCAUAUCAUUUGGAAGAGAUGCUGCAGAGGCAGACUCUGCAGAGAUUCAAAGGACUGAGUUUAGAGGUGCUGUGAAGGGCAACAGGGUCAUAAACUACACUUGCUACGGUGUAUGGACAGAGUACCAUGAGAUGGGGAUCAGUGGCAUCGCGGCCAUAGCCGAAUACAAAGUGUACACCGCCGGAGAUAUAAUGGAUCUGCUGCGAUUCGUGGCGCCAAAAAUGAUGGAGCGCGGCAGCGCUCAUUUUUCCUAUGGGAUAGCCGAGGAUUUGGACGAUCCCAAGUACUCGCACUACAAAUAUUGGUCGAAUCCAUUGGAAACCAGGCUACCGAGUGCUCCGGAGAUGGAGAUCUUCUCCAUGUACGGCAUAGGCAUCCCGACGGAGCGAGCUUACAUCUACCAGCAAAAUCUUGUAGUUUCAGAAUGCAACAUUCCAUUUCAGUUCAACACAUCAGUUUACGAAGACGACGAAGACAGGUGCAUAAAAGCCGGCGUCAUCACAGUGGAUGGCGAUGAAACGGUGCCUGUCAUAAGCGCAGGCUUCAUGAAUGCCAAGGGCUGGCGCGGCAAGACGAGAUUCAAUCCUUCGGGUAUGAAAACAUACAUUCGUGAGUACAAGCACGCCCCUCCGGCGAAUCUUCUAGAAGGGCGGGGCACGCAGAGCGGCGCACAUGUUGAUAUACUCGGAAACUUUGCGCUGAUUGAGGACAUUAUGAGAGUUGCUGCAGGUGCCACCGGAGAAGAACUGGGAGGCGACACUGUGUACUCGGACAUCUUCGAAUGGUCGAAAAACAUCGAUUUAGCUCUAUAACUUAGCUUGUAUAGGUGUAUCAACAUAGACAUAGACAUACAUAUAUGCUUGUAAGUAAUUAGACACAAGGUAUCAGUUUUGAGCAUGGCCUAACAUUCUGCUGAAUACAAACAUCAUCUUAGAAGAACAAAUUUGAAAGGAACCUCACCUCACAACUGUCUUUGA